CACACACACACACACACACACACACACCAGUAGGUACUCUCAGGCACAGUAGCAGCUGCAGGGCUUUUUUUUUUUUACCAGCCAACCAGUCAGUACAGUGGGAGAAAAGUAGGUUACUCAUGCUUUUUGGAGUGUCAUCUGAUCCUGAGUUCAUCAUAACCAAAGUCCCUCUGUAACGGGUCAGGGGGAAAUGUCAGACCCAACAGAGGAACUCCCCACCAAGUCCUUCGCGGCCCGGUUGUCCAAUGUUUACCUCAGCAUCUUGGCACUGUUCUGCUUUAAACUCCUUAUUAAGAUUUCUCUUAACUUGCUGACAUACUUCUACAUUAUCCGUGGAAACCGUAAAGAGGCUGCCAGGAUAUCAGCUGAGUUCUAUGAAUAUGGUCAACACAGGUCCUGGGCGGACCGCUCACCCCUCCACGAUGCUGCGAGUCAGGGCCGCCUCCUGGCUCUGAAAAGCCUUAUUUCACAGGGUCACAGUGUUAAUGUUCGGACUAUAGACCAUGUGACUCCCCUUCAUGAGGCCUGUGAUGGAGACCACGUCGCUUGUGCCAGAGCUCUCAUUGAUGCAGGAGCAAAUGUCAAUGCUUUUACAAUUGAUGGAGUCACCCCUUUGUUCAUCGCCUGUACAGUGGGGAGUGUGGCAUGCACAGAAAUUCUUUUGGAAAAUGGAGCAAAACCCCAAAGCCUUGCAUACCAUCCAUCACCAAUCCACGAAGCUACAUGCAAAGGUCAUUACGGUUGUGUGGAGGCUCUGGUGACUUGGGGGGCAGAUGUGGACAUGGCCAUUCCUCACCUGGGCACAGCGCUAUAUACAGCGUGUGUCUGCCAGGAGCUGGAGUGUGCCAGGAAACUCCUGAGGGAAGGUGCAAAUGUACAGAAAGGCAAAUCCAUGGAUUCACCCUUACAUGCAGCUGCGGAAAAAGACUGCACAGCUGUAGUGAAGCUAUUGCUGGACUUUGGUGCAGACAUUAAUGCCAGGAACAGAGAGCUUCAGAGACCUGUAGAUGUGGCUCCACCCAGCAGUCUAACAGAGGGUUUCCUACUGCUAUAUGAAGCUACACCACGGCUGCUGAGCCAGCUGUGUCGUCAGUGCAUCAGGAACUGCGUUGACCGUGACAGACUCCAUCUUCUUUCCAACCUGCCCCUGCCCGUCAGGCUAAGGAACUUCCUGCAGUACCAAUAACAGGCAGAACAACCAAAUUGCCUGCCUAAAUGGGGCAUAAAGAAAUAAGCCUUUAUUGUCACAAAGAGCAAAUCAACUAAAUGAAGUCUUCCUACCUAGCUACCAGCCAAUUAGUCACUGAGCAGCCACUGAGUAGUCGGCAAAGUUGAGCUGACCUGCAACAUAUAUGAUUAUUGACCUGGAUGAAUGUAAAGCAGGGGCUUUUAUUCCCUGAAUAAAUUAUGGUUAAACAAUAUAAAAACAAAAAUAGUAUUUGCAAUUCAAGUUUGCCUUAUUUGGAAGAUGCCUUAAUAGCUACCAGAGUGAUGCAACAUUACAUAAUCUUACAAUGUCAUAUAAUGCACAAUACAUGUAAAUGAAUAUUCAUAGUUUUUGGUUUGAUAUUGUAUUGCACACUUCUAGAUGAUUAAAAUUGUUUUGAAACCUGG